AUGGAGCGAGAGGGGGAACCUCCCCCGCAACCUCAAAGGCGCAACAGGCGUCAGGUGCCGGUAGUGGAGCGUCAGCUUGCCGAGAGAAAUAUUUUCUCCGGUGAGCCGCCACGCCCACUACCGUCCAUCCGCACAAUGAGUGCGCAGCAGCGCUCCGGCAGACCAUCGCCGGAGGCGAACAUAACCACCACGGAAGACGAAGAAGACGACGACGAGGAGGAGGAAACGUCAUCCGCAGCAACCACCAUCAGACGCCCGCCGACUAUACGGGCAAGCGGGAGCGGAGAAAUCGCAGGGGGCUCAUAUUUUUAUGCAGCCCCCGCGGAUUAUACCCCCCCGCCACGCCAGCCAAAAGCACAGCGGCGUCACACCCCGCCAGAGACGGAGGCGUCCCUAGCGGAAAAGCGGACGAAGGUGGACCCCGCUACCUCAUCGCCGGAGCAGGGGCCACAGGAACCACGGGAACCAAGGGUGAGUCAACCUGGGGCAAGGGCUUACUCCCAACCCCCCAGAUCACCAUCUAACAACUCAACACCGGCCACAACCCCCAGCAUUUCCCCGGACAGAAGGUCCAAUAAGGAUCUCUACAUGGAGGAGCUGGGAGGGGAAUCAGCAUGGACAGAUGCUACAUCUUACGCAACAUUUGCGAAUAACGGCACCAACAGAGGUGCCAAUAUAACAACACCAACCACCAGCGAGCCGCAGCCGUCAACAUCAUACGCUGCGGCCGCAACUAAGCCGCCUUCUCCCAGUACCUUGCGGAGAACAAGCUCGCCAAAAGCGACUAAUAAUACCAACAAGGAGAAGUCCACCCAGGAGCGAGACAAGCGCCCACUGGCGAUACCGACUGGCUGCUCGCUGAACGAAACCUUUUCGCAGGCGAGUCCUCCGCCGCUACGCAGCCAGGCCGGAACAUCUGCAGCCAUCACCACCGUUGAAACCGCCUACGUACAUGCGGAAACUAAGCGACACCGGGACGAGUUCCUACUCCCAACCGCAGCGUACACCUUCGUCAUACUCGGAAAAUUCUUCUUCGCCGAGAUCUACUCCGAGCGUCUCACCGGACAGGCGCUCAUAUAUUCCUGGGAAGGAGUC